AAGUUAUAAUAGCAUUUUUUUUUUUUUUCUCCAGUCGCUUGUCCAUUUCAAUUUUGAUCAUUUUUUCCUUGCCAACCAACCUAUAAGUGAACGAAUUUAUUGAUUAUUAAUUAUUAUUAUUAUCAUCGAUGAUGGUGUAAAUUCGAAAUAACUUGUAUGUGUAUAAAGGAACGGGAAUUAAAAUCGGAAAUAAAAACAAAUAGCUACAAUUGACAAUUGACAUCAUCUUCAUCAACCAAAAUUAACACAACUUUAAGAAGAAUAUAUUUUGAAAAUAAUACGAAACAACAAAAUCCAGAAUAGAAAAAAAAACAACCAGAACGAUUAUUAUAAUUAACAAUGAUGAUGGAUAUUGUUGAAACAACCGAACAAUCAGCAUCCGAUUCAAACGGUAUACGUUUGAUUGCCGCUGGUAUUCUAUUCAUAUUGACAUUAAUAAUGGGUACAAUACCAGUAUAUAUAUUGGAAUUUUCAACAAAAUAUUUUGGACAAUCAAAAAAUUCCAAUACUUUACCCGUGACCAAUGGUAGUAAUCAUAAUAUACAAUCAUCAUCAUCAUUGGUAAUUCGACAAACAACGAAUAAAUCAAAAAAACGUUGGUUCCAUCAUGAUCGUAUUGUACAAUUUUUAACACAAAUUGGUGGUGGUGUUUUAUUCUAUACGGCAUUCGUACAUAUGUUACCGGAAAUUCGUGAAAAUUAUGAAUCAUAUCUUAAUCCUGAUGAUGGGGAUCAUCAUCAUCAUCAUGAUAAUAAUACACAUAUCACGAAUAUUACAAAUAUUGUUAAUAUGACUGUAAUGACAAUAGUUGGUUGUGGCGACUGUGAUGAAGAUUCAUUACCAUUGGUCGAUAUGUGUGCAUGUGCUGGUUUAUUUGGUAUAUUUCUUCUCGAAGAAUUGAUGCAUCUAAUAUUGGGUGGUCAUGGCCAUCAUCAUCAUCACCACCAUCAUAGUCAUCAUAAUCAUGAUGAUGAUCAACAAAGACAAAAUAAACCAUUAGAAAGAUCUGGAUCAAGACAACGACGAAGACGUUUAUCAUCAUCAUUUCGACAAUGUAUCAGUGGUGAUAAACAGGUGGCUAAAUAUGAUUUACAAAUUAAUGAUGAUUUACAAUCAUCACCACCACCGUUAACAUCAUCAUCAUCAUCGUCAUCAUCAUCAUCAAUGACAAUGAUUGUUAGUGAACAACAACAACAAAAAAUAAUGAAAUCUGAUAAUAAAGAAAUCAUAACCAUAACAUCAACCACAAUAAGUGGUAAUAAUAGUGGUAAAAAAAUGAAUACCAAUGUUUUAUCUAGCGGUCUAAGUGAAACACAGCCAAUUUCAUCAUGUCAACAGCAAACAAUUGGAUAUAAUACAUGUACACAACGUCAAUGUUCACAUCAUCAUCAUCAUCAUCAUAGACAUCAAGAAGAUGACAAUGUAACAACAAUCAUCUCCAAUGAUAAUGAUCUAUCUAUAAUGCAGAAUAAUUAUGAUGGAAAUAAUGAUAAUAAAUCAUCAAUAUGGCCACAUAUCAUUGAUAAUUUUCUUCUAAUACUUGCCUUUUCUUGCCAUUCAAUAUUUGAUGGCAUAUCCAUUGGUGUACAAACAAAAAAUGAUGAAAUAUGGACAAUGUUGAUUGCAAUUCUAUCACAUAAACUUUUAAUUGCAUUCAUAUUAUCAUUUCAGAUUUAUGAAAAAUGUCAAGAAAAAAUCACUAGCUCAUCAUCAUCAUCAUCAAUGUUGAUUAAACAACGGCCAAUCAAAGGAGCUAAAUUAAUAUUAUGGUUUUUCAGUACAUUGUUUGCAUUAAUGUCACCAAUUGGUAUUAUAUUCAUUAUGAUUAUGAAUGAUGCAUCAGAUGCACCAAGUGAAUCAAGUCUACAUAUUAUUGUAUUGGCUGCAAUAUCAGCUGGUACUAUUUUGUAUAUCGUAUUCUUUGAAAUAAUAGACAAAACAACAUCACGUUUACAUUUAAACGGUAUUGCACAAUGGAUUGCAUUGGCCAUUGGUUUUGGUCUUAUGCAUUUUAUUUCACAUUUAUUUCAUGAAUAAUUGAAUUGAUGAUAAUCUUAAUGAUGAUGUUGAUGUUGAUGUUGAUUAAUUUUGUGAUGAAACUACCAUAAUGGAAACAAACAAACAAAAAAAGUUUUUAUUUUGGCUUCUCAUUUAUUUUAUUUUAUUUUAUUUUUCUCUAUUUUGUAACCUAAAAAAAACAAAACAAUAACAUGAUUAAUUUAUUAUCUUGAAAAAAGAACUUCAAGUAAAACCCACCCACACCCACACACACACACACACACACACACGCACAUCUUGUUGUUUUAUUUUCUGUAUAUUCUGUCCACAUCAUCAUCAUAUGAUCAAAUUAUUUUUUUUUCACUUUAACGACGAAAAUACAAACAAGCAAAUGUUGUUGACAGUGUUUGAAAUCUAUAUUUGAAAAUAAAUUAUUUUUGAAUUUUAAGAAAAUGAAUAAAUAAAAUUUCAUUGAUGAACGAA